AUGUUUACAAUAACUUAUCUUACCAAAACACUAAUCAUUAUGACACUAGUGAUUAAAUUGGUUACUUCAUAAACUCUGGAUGAAAUUAAAGCUUAAAUCAUUAACGAUUGGAAAAGUAUAGCUCUGGAAUUAGUUCCAAACUAUCAAGGUGAAACAGCAUAUCCAGAAUAUUAAAGAAGAUAAUGGAAUUUUACUUCAGAUUCUGGAUUCUCAACUUUAAUCGAAAAUUUCGAAGACAAAUCUGGGUCAAAUAGAAAAAUAUCUAUCUAAGGAUAAGGAGAAAUAGCAUUCUAAGGAGCAAGUGAUGUAAUCUCAGGGGCUUACUUGUGCUAAUUUAAUUUCAGUAAGAGUGCCAUUAUCACACUUCACACGGAUGAAUUUGUAACUGCUUUCAAUGGAGCAUAAUAAGGAUAGGAUGGUAUCACAUGGGUUAAAGAUAAACCUUAAGACGUAACCAAAUUGGCUGUUCCAGCUCUGGGUAAAUAAUCCAAUCAGUUUUUCUUGGCAUAUGAUCUUAUAUACAUCAGAGAUGAUUAUUUAUAUAUGGGAGAAGUGGAUGUAUUUGGAAAUGAAGCAACUUUAGAUAACCCACCAAAAGGAUUAUGUGCUCCUCUAAUCCCAUUCUCAGAUGAUGAAACUCCCCUAACCCUUGAUGAAUUGAAAGAAGCAAUUCUAGGAGGUGUUUGGUAGAGUCUUACAAAAGAAGUAAGACCAAGCAAGAACAAUCAAGGAAAAUUGAUCACAACUUUUUAGACAAGAAAAUUAACAUUUCUAUCAGAAUCGAAUUAUUCUUUGGUAUUAACCAGCUUUCCUGGCCCUGGUUAGACAUCCCCCUUCUUAGAAAUGGAAGUAAUUGGCCCAUUUGUUUGGGAAGAAGAUGCUUCUCAAGUUGUGGCAGGUGCAUACUUUGCCAAAUUCAGUAUGAGUUAAUUAUACAUUACACCUAUGAAUGAUGAAAUGGCUACCAACUUAAAUCAAGGAUUGCCUGAAGGAAUAGAACCAUUUAAAAAUGGUUAAAAGGCAAAUCUAACAGGAAAGGAAUUCCCAGCUUUAGGAAUGACAAGCGAUUCUCCUGAUUAUGAAAGUGAUAUGGUUUAUCAAAGAUAAAACCGUUUAUAUUUAUAAGCUCGACCAGUAGAUGGAGGAAUGCUUUAUCCAAAAGAAAGAAGAACCUAUAGCUUGUAGCGUGAUUUGAUUGAUCCAGAGAGAAGUUCAUUUAAUUUAUUUCUGUUAUUGAAUUUAAUAGUCAUACUAAUGUUAUGA